AUGGGGAAUUCUCUGGGCUGCGUUAAGGAGCAGAAGGAAAAAGCCGUGGGGAAGGCGCCCCUGUCUCCCAAAAAAAGGGUGCGCUUUAAACGGAGGAGGAGAGGGAAGAGCAGAGCCAUGCCCGAGACAGCCCCGCAGGAGGAGCUGCCGGCCCUGCAGGCUGGUGAGGAUGAGGAGGCUUCCAAGUCGAAGGCGGCCCCCCGGCAGCAGGGAGGAGAGGAGCCCGGCGGGAGCGGGCAGGGCGGCGAGGAGCCGGCGGCGGCAGCCCUGCAGCCAGGGCUGAUCGUGCAGGUGAAGCAGCGCUUCCAGGGGGAGCUGCAGAAGGCUCGCCUGGUGCGGGAGCCGCAGUGGCCGGCUGCGGCGGGGACUGCCCUGGAGGAAGGCACCACCGUCGUCGCUCGUUUGCUGGACAACCCUGCCGAGAAGGGCUGCGAGAAGGCGGUGAGCCGCCUGGUGCAGCUGCAGAGGAGCGGCACCGGCAACCGCCGGGCAGUGCUGCUGCCCCUGCCCGAGGGCACCCACGGGCCUGCCGAGGGGCUCCCGGCCGCGGCGAGCACCGCGGCCAGCCGGCAGCCAGCGGAGAGCCGGGAGCCAAGGGCAGGCAGCACCCCGGGAGCCGGCAGAAAAGCAGGCAGCAGCGAUGCCGCUUCCAGCGCCGCAUGGACCUGCUCCUCCGCAGCGGAGCCGGGCACCGUUUCGGAGCUGUCUACGCCGUCCCCCAUGGUGGAUCAGCUGGAAAACCCCAGCGUGGGGAGAGCCUCAGGACUGCCAUCGGCUCGGGCUGGGGAGGGGGACGGACAUGGACUGCCAGCCUCUCGCAGCCCGUCCUCCUUCAGCUGGCACAGUGGAGGCAUGGCCCGGAGCUCCUCGGGGUACAGCAGUGACCUGACACGCCGGGCAGCCAAGGGUGCUGAAGCUGGUGGGACCGCGGCGUCUGCCUUUGGAGGUGGCCACAGGCUCGCUGCGGAGGGCCAGGCGUGGAGGGGGAGCUCGGGGACAGCUGGAGGAAUGAUCUCUGACAUCUACAUCAGUGGGGAGUCAGGGGACAUGUCAGCCAAGGAGAAGCUGCUGCUCUGGACACAGAAGGUGACAGCAGGUUACAUUGGAGUGAAGUGCACCAACUUCUCCUCCUGCUGGAGUGAUGGGAAGAUGUUCAACGCCCUCAUCCACAGAUACAGGCCAGAUCUGGUGGACAUGGAGAGGGUACAGAUCCAGAGCAACAGGGAGAACCUGGAGCAGGCCUUCGAGAUCGCCGAGCGGCUGGGGGUGACUCGGCUGCUGGACGCCGAAGACGUGGAUGUCCCCUCUCCAGAUGAGAAGUCUGUGAUAACUUAUGUGUCUUCCAUCUACGAUGCCUUCCCCAAGGUCCCCGAGGGAGGAGAAGGGAUCAGCGCCAUCGAGGUGGAUUCCAGGUGGUUGGAGUACCAGAGUCGCCUGGAGUCCCUCGUCUCGUGGAUCAAGCAGCACACGAUACUCAUGUCAGAUAAAUCCUUCCCCCAGAACCCUGUAGAGCUAAAGGCACUUUAUAACCAGUACAUCCACUUCAAAGAAACUGAAAUCCCAGCAAGAGAGCAGGAGAAAGGAAGGAUAGAGGAGCUCUACAAACUGCUGGAGGUCUGGAUUGAGUUUGGACGCAUCAAGUUGCCCCAGGGCUACCACCCCAACGACGUGGAGGAGGAGUGGGGCAAGCUCAUCAUCGAGAUGCUGGAGCGCGAGAAGCUCCUGCGGCCAGCGGUGGAGAGGCUGGAAUUGCUGCUACAAAUCGCCAACAAAAUCCAGAAUGGUGCUCUGAGCUGUGAAGAAAAACUGACUCUGGCGAAGAACACCCUGCAGGCUGAUGCUGCUCACCUGGAGUCAGGGCAGCCAGCGCAGUACGAGUCGGACGUGGUGGUGUACCUGCAGGAGUGCGAGGGGCUCCUCCGCCAGCUGCAGGUGGAUGUGCAGAUCCUGCGGGAUGAGAACUACUACCAGCUGGAGGAGCUGGUGUUCAGGAUCAUGCGGCUGCAGGACGAGCUGGUGACCCUGAGGCUGGAGUGCACAAACCUCUACAGGAAAGGACACUUCUCCAGCCUGGAGCUGCUGCCCACCUCCACGCUGAGCACAGCACACCUGAAGGGCGAGUCCCUGACAAAAGGGCUGCACACCUCCUCUGCCUCCUGGUUCAGGAAGCCCAUGACCAGGACAGAGCUGGUGGCCAUCUCCUCCUCAGAAGACGAAGGCAGCCUCCGCUUCGUGUACGAGCUGCUGGCCUGGGUGGAGGAGAUGCAGAUGAGACUGGAGAGGGCAGAGUGGGGAACUGACCUGCCAAGUGUGGAAACCCAGCUGGAGACCCAGCGGCACAUCCACAGCAGCGUGGAGGAGCUGGGCUGCAGCGUGAAGGAGGCCCGGGUGUAUGAGGGCAAAAUGUCUCAGAACUUCCGGGCCAGCUACACGGAGACGCUGAGCAAGCUGGAGACACAGUACUGCAAGCUGAUGGAAACCUCAAGCUUCCGCCUGAGACACCUGCAGAGCCUGCACGGGUUUGUGUCCCGGGCGACCGCGGAGCUGAUCUGGCUGAACGAGAAGGAAGAGGAGGAGCUGGCGUAUGACUGGAGCGACAACAACCCCAACGUGGCGGCCAAGAGGAACUACUUCUUGGAGCUGACGAGAGAGCUGGAGGAGAAGCAGGACAUCUUCUGCUCCCUGCAAGACACAGCUGAGCUGCUGUCCCUGGAGAACCACCCAGCCAAGCAAACUGUCGAGGCCUACAGCGCGGCCGUGCAGAGCCAGUGGCAGUGGAUAAAGCAGCUCUGCCUCUGCGUGGAGCAGCACGUCAAGGAGAACACUGCCUACUUCCAGUUCUUCAGUGACGCUCGGGAGUCAGAGAGCUACCUGCGCACCCUGCAGGACUCCAUCAAGAGGAAGUACUCCUGUGACCAUAACACGAGCCUGAGCCGGCUGGAGGACCUGCUGCAGGACUCCAUGGAUGAGAAGGAGCAGCUCAUUCAGUCCAAGAGCUCGGUUGCCAGCCUGGUGGGACGCUCCAAAAGCAUCGUUCAGCUGCGUCCCAGGAACCCAGAGCACCUCGUGAGGAGCACAAUCCCCAUCAAGGCUGUCUGCGACUAUCGGCAGAUCGAGAUCACCAUCUGCAGGAAUGAUGAAUGUGUGCUGGAGGACAAUUCCCAGAGGACCAAAUGGAAGGUGAUCAGCCCCACAGGGAACGAGGCCAUGGUGCCUUCUGUCUGCUUCCUCAUCCCUCCACCCAACAAAGAGGCCAUCGAGAUGGCCAACAGGGUAGAGCAGUUGUACCAGAAAGUGAUGGCUCUCUGGCACCAGCUGCACAUGAACACCAAGAGCCUCAUCUCCUGGAACUACCUGCGGAAGGACAUAGCCCUGGUGCAGAGCUUCAGCAUGGAAAAGCUCAGGUCCUUAGCCCAGGGGGAGUGCCAGCAAGCCCUGAGGAGCCUGCAGGCUCACUACGAGGACUUCCUGCAGGACAGCCGCGACUCAGAGCUCUUCUCCGUGUCCGAUCGCCUGCGGCUGGAGGAGGAGGUGGAGGCCUCCAAGGAGCACAUCCGGCAGCUGCUGGAGUCCAUGGAGAACGAAGACAAGGAUGAGACUGCUGCCAGGACUUACCUGUCGGAGCUGAAGAACAUUCGGCUGCGCCUGGAGGAGUGUGAGCAGAGGCUGCUCAGCAGGAUGCAGGCCCCGAGUGGCCCCCGGGCAGAUGGUGACACCAUCCAGGAGAACACCAUCCGCAUCGCCCAGCAGGAGCACAUGCAAGAGGACCUGCAAAGGCUGCAGUCUGACCUCAGGUUCUUCUCUGAGAGAUGCUACAGCUUCCUGGACAAGGCACCUGCGGGGUCCAGCACACCUCACUUGAGGUCAGAGCUUGACUUGGUGGUCAACAAAAUGGACCAGCUGUAUGGACUGUCCUCCAUCUACCUGGACAAGUUGAAGACAGUUGAUGUCAUCGUUCGUGCCACCCAAGGAGCAGAAUCUCUGGUCAAAGGCUAUGAGGUGAAGCUGAGCCAAGAGGAGGCAGUGCCAGCUGACCUGGCAGCCAUUCAGUCCCACAGGAUCACCUUACAGCAGUGGCUGGGGGAGGUGAAGGACAAGAGCUGCAUCUUCUCCACGCUGGAGGAGGAGCUGGCCAAGGCCAAGGCGGUGGGGGAGCAGCUGUACCGGCUGAGGCAGGAGCGCAGCAUCGACCUGGAGCGCUACCAGGAGAAGGGCACUCAGCUGUGGGAGCGCUGGCAGCGCCUCUGUGCCCAGCUGGAGACCCGCCACGCAGAGCUGGAGAGCAUCCAGGAGGUGCUGAGCGAGUACCGGCAGUGCCACAGCGCCCUGAUCCAGUGGAUCCAGGAGAUCACCGUGCAGCAGGAGCUGAUGAAGCCAGGGCAGGCAGAGGACAGCCGAGUGCUGUCGGAGCAGCUGAGCCAGCAGACGGCUUUGGCUGCAGAAAUCGAGAAGAACCAGGCCAAGCUGGACCAGUGCCAGAAGUUCUCCCAGCAGUACUCAGCUGCUGUCAAGGACUAUGAGCUGCAGCUGAUGACCUACAGAGCCUUCGUGGAGUCGCAGCAGAAGUCCCCCACGAAGCGCCGGCGGAUGCUGUCCUCCUCGGAUGCCAUCACGCAGGAGUUCAUGGAUUUGAGGACUCGCUACACGGCGCUGGUGACGUUAACCACCCAGCACGUCAAGUACAUCAGCGAUGCGCUGCGGCGCCUGGAGGAGGAGGAGAAAGUGGUGGAGGAGGAGAAGCAGGAGCACGUGGACAAGGUGAAGGAGCUCCUGGGCUGGGCCCUGGGCUUGAAGGAGAGUGUGCAAGGCAGGACAGCAGCUGCUGGGAGCAGAGAGCUGGGGGAGAUAGAGAAGUCCAUCACGGAGCAGCAGGCCCUGAACGAGGAGCUGGCUGCCAAGAAGGAGCAGGUCUCUGAGGCCAUCAAAACCUCACAGAUCUUCCUGGCAAAACACAGCCACAAGCUUUCCCAGCCAGAGAAGGAACAGAUUUCUGCUCAGAUUGGUGCCCUCAAGGAGACCUACCAGAUGCUGUGCAACGACUCCACAGAGCAGCUGCAGCAGCUCCAGAGCCAACUGGCUCAGGAGGCAGAGCAGAAGGGCAGCGAAGCAGUGGCAGGAGUGAUCGAUCUUGGCACACUAGAAAUAUUGCCAGUCUUUGGGGCCAUGCAGAGAGGCCUUGUAGAUCAGGAGACUGGCCUCAUCCUCCUGGAGGCCCAGGUUAGCACAUCUGACUUAGUCAUUCCAGAGACCAGUGAGAAAGUCUCCUUGGAGAAAGGUCUGGAGAGAAACAUCAUCGACCUCUGGACCUUCCAGGCGCUGCAGGAACUGAAGGAUGCUCUCCAGCAGGUGGAAGAAGUCAGACGUGAAGGGAGGCAGCUGCUGCCUGUCGUUGCUGCCAUGGAGGAGGGGAGGAUCAGUGAGAAGGUUGGGCUAAAGAUUCUUGGAGCCGAGCUCGUCACAGGGGGUUUUAGAGUCCCUCAGGGCAGAAUCAGCAUGGAGGCAGCAGUGCAAGAAAGGCUUCUCCCCGCCCAGCUCUGUGCCAGGCUCCUGUCUCACCUGGAGGAUGCCAAGGAUGUGAUUGACCCCAACACUGCUGAGAAGCUGAGUCUGCCUGAGCUCAUGCACCGCUGCAUCCUCCACCAAGAGACUGGCCUGAGGCUGCUCCCAGUGCAGCGGCAGGCAGGGGGGGUGGUGAGCUCCAGGUCGGGCAGGAGGGUCACUGUGUUCCACGCAGUCCAGGAGGGGCUGAUAGACAGGGAGGUCACGGUCAGGCUGCUGGAAGCUCAGCUCUUUGCUGGUGGCAUCGUUGAGCCCAGGACAGGGCAGAGGCUGACUGUGGAUGAAGCCAUGAGGCAGAAUCUGCUGGAGCAGGACCUGGCUCUGGCGCUCCUUGCGCGGCAGCUGCAGACUGGAGGCAUCAUCGACCCCAGCACGGGGCAGAGGCUGCCGAUUGAGGAGGCUGUAAGGAAGGAGCUGCUAGCACCAGGGAUGGCCUUGGUGGUCCUGCAAUCCUUGCAGUCCUUUGUGGGGCUUCUGCGGCCAGAGACAGGGGAGGUUGUGGCAGCUGCAGUUGCUCUGGAGCAAGGAGCCCUCUCUGCAGCGCUGGCUGAGAGCUUUCUCAGCAAGAGGCAACUCCUUCAGGCUGUCUUCAUCCCCGAGACCACCGAGGUGCUGUCCUGGAAGAAAGCUGUGGACCAUGGCAUCCUGGAGAGGGGGGUGGCAAAGAAGCUGAAGUCCAUGCGCAUGCCUGAUGCCAUGCAGCUCGCUGGCACUCUGAGCAGAAGCAGGCAUGGCCCAGGCCCCCCAGGUCCCCAGCAGCAAGGCCACGAGAGGCUGCUCUGCCACUUGAUGACUCACAGCUACAUCAACAUCCAUGAUGGCCAGAAGCUGCUGUUAGUGGAUGGAGAGCUGAACAGUCUCACCAAAGCCCUCAUGCAGAGCCAGGACAGUGAAUCCCAUGCACACGUGCUGGAAGAGAGAGGAGGCUUGGAGAAGACCAAGGCAGGUGCAGCUCUUGAAGCUGAGCCUUGCAAUGGUUUGGCUGUAGAGCAGCUUGAGGUUCAGUUUGCUCCUCCAAAAGAACUAAGCAAAAAGGUCCUACCACCUAGAGCUGCCUUGGAGAAUGGGGAGGUGGUGGUGGCACCUGAAAGCCUCUCCUUGGAGGAGGCAGAAGGUUCCUUGCUGGUGGAGGAGGCAGAGCAGAUCUACAGCAAACUGAGUGAAACUGAUGCUGGGCUUGGAAGAGAGCAAGUGGCUGCCACAAGCCAGGACAAGCAUCAGGUGCAGCUGUCAAUGCCAGCACAUCCUGGUGACCUUAGCAGUGGGUUCAGAGAAGCAGAAGAGAUGAUGACUGAGGCAAAAGAGUCAUCCAAGCCUACUGCAGUAGAUGGAGAGGAUCAGAAGAAAGCAUCAGAGAGUGGGAGCGUUGUGAAAAGUGAGCUCUGCAUAGCAGUGAGCGCUGCAGAGUGGGGGCAGAGACUGGAAAUCCUGGCAGAGAGGUCUCAGGGCGUGGAGGAACCUGAACUAGAGGCAGAAAAGGUUAGAGAGAUUUGUUUGCUUAACAAGGAAACAGUUGAGAAUGGCAUGGUGGGAGGAGAGGAGCUUGGGCUGCCUGAAACUGGAGAGGCCAAGCGAGCAGAGCAGCAGAGAGAGGACAUUGAAAGUGUCCUUGAAGUGCAAGAAGGAGAGGGGGAAGCAAUAUUAGAUGCUGAGAGUGUUGAUGGAACAUUCCCGCCAGCCCCUGGUGUCCUGGAAGUGCAAGAAGGAGAAAGGGAAGCAAUAUCAGAUGCUGAGAGUGUUGAUGGAACAUUUCUGCCAGCUCCUGGUGUCCUGGAAGUGCAAGAAGGAGAAAGGGAAGCAGUGCUGGAUGCUGAGAGUGUUGAUGGAGCAUUCCUGCCAGCCCCUGGUGCCCUGGAAGUGCCAGAGGGAGAAGAGGAAGCAGCAUUGGAUGCUGAGAGUGUUGAUGGGAGCUCCCUGCCAGCCCCUGGUGUCCUGGAAGUGCCAGAGGGAGAAGAGGAAGCAGCAUUGGAUGCUGAGAGUGUUGAUGGGAGCUUCCUGCCAGCCCCUGGUGCCCUGGAAGUGCCAGAGGGAGAAGAGGAAGCAGCAUUGGAUGCUGAGAGUUUUGAUGGGAGCUCUCUGCCAGCCCCUGGUGCCCUGGAAGUGCCAGAGGGAGAAGAGGAAGCAGCAUUGGAUGCUGAGAGUUUUGAUGGGAGCUCUCUGCCAGCUCCUGGUGUCCUGGAAGUGCAAGAGGGAGAAGAGGAAGCAGCAUUGGAUGCUGAGAGUGUUGAUGGGAGCUUCCUGCCAGCCCCUGCAGAGCAGGAAGAGGAGGACACUUUGGAAAUGCUGCUGGUACAACUCCAGAGUGGAGGCAUAAUCCACGAGCAGACAGGCAAAACUCUCCUUCUGGAUGAAGCUGUAGCCCAUGGGCUGGUGCCCAGCCACACAGCUGUGAAGCUGAUGGAGAAGAUGAAGAUGUUCAGUGGCUUCUUCGACUCUCACACCUCUGAGUCACUGACCACUGAGGACGUCAUUGAAGAAGGUCUGAUGGAUGAGAAGCUCCUCCAGAAGGUCCUGACAUCUGACAAAGCCAUCAGUGGCGUUCUGGACCCAGGCAAUAACUUUGUCUACUCUGUCAAGGAUGCUGCUGCUGUUGGCCUCCUGGACAAGGAGACAGCCAUGAGGAUCCUGGAAGGGCAGGUGGUCACCGGGGGGAUCGUCGACCUGAAGCGUGGCAAGAGGAUAUCAGCCACUCUGGCUUCCAAACUGGGCCUCAUAGAGCCAGCGAGUCAGAGGGAGCUGCUCAAGCUGGAGAAGGCUUCCAAAGGGAAAGAUACUGAUGAGGUGACCAAGCAGAAGCUCCUUAGCUUACAGGCUGAGACCAGUGGAGUUGUGGAUCCCAGAACCAAGCAGGCUCUGACUGUGGCUCAGUCUGUGGAGAAAGGGCUCCUGGGAAAGGAAGAAGCCUUUCAGCUCUUGGCCAAGCAGAUUGCUGCUGGAGGAAUCAUCCAUCACGGGUCUGGAGUGAGGUUUUCAGUGGGUGAUGCAGUGAGACAUGGUUUGAUUGACCAAGAACUAUGUGGUGAGCUCAGGAAAGCUGAAAGUGUUUGUCUGCAGGACUAUGUUGACCCAGAGACGCAGCAGAAGCUGCCCUCAUCCCAGGCAGUGUCAUCAGGGCUGGUCAGUGCUGACUUCCAAAGGGAGGUGCAACAAAUCCAGGCUGAGAGUGGAAGUGUUUUUGACCCUGCUUCUGGCCAGAGGCUGUCUCUGUCCCAGGCAGUACAAGAGGGUUUGCUGCCCAAGCAGGUUGUGGAGGAGGUGCUGUCAUCUCCAGCACUGAGAGAAGGAAUGGUAGAUCCUGAGACCUGCCUGAUCCUGCCCUACUCAGAGUUCCUCAAGAAGUGUAAAAUUGACAUCGAGUCUGGCCAGAGGUACCUGGAGGUCCAUCCCUUCAGAGCCAUCAAGGAUGAGGUGACAGGGAAGAAGCUGCCAUGUGCUGAGGCUGUGAGGCUGGGCAAGGUCGACCUCCUGCCCACCCUGCGCCUGCUGCAGGCUCAGGCGGACAGCGGUGGGGUCGUGGAGGGCACUGUCAGCAAGAGGCUCUCCCUGAAGGCUGCUGUGGAGAGAGGGCUGCUGGAUGAGGAGAUGGCCAGACUCAUUGCCUCCAACCAGAUGAGGGCUGGGGGAAUUGUUGAUCCUAGCAGUGGGCAGAGACUGACUUUAAAGGAAGCUGUUGAAAAAGAACUGAUCAGCCCAAACUUAGCUGCUGCUCUGCAGGAGGCACAGAUCUCCCAAGCCAAAUAUGGGCCUGAGGUCUGCCAAGGAGAUAAACUCCACCUUUUCCAGGAAAAAAGGGGAAAAGUGUCCCCCAAAGAGGAGGAGGAGGUCAUCAGUCCUGCCAGGGCUGCCAAGAGCUCUGCUAGUGCUGAGCACAAAGCUGCAUCUGAGGCUGUGAGCUAUGACCCAGCUGGAGCUGCUGCUGCUGAGAGCUCCCCAGUGCUGCCAGCAGAAGGGAAAUCAAAACCUCAAGAGACCUCAGAGGUUGGGACCAGGCAUCAGCCCCCUAGAAAGGUGGAAGUGACUGCAGAGUGCCCCUCGGUGUUGGGUACAUCUCUGCCUGAAGAGAUGGUGGAGGUGAGGGCUGUGAGAAAAGAAACUGCAAAGAGCAGGUCCCAUGUGGGAGCAGCUGAGGGGAAGGAAUCAAGGAGAGAAGGAGGAGAUAGAGGGACAGAGAAAGUAGGGGGAUUGGACAUGGAGAAAGAGCAGUUCUUGGAUGUGGAGAGUGGUGAGGAGAGGAGUAGUGGGAGAGGCUUUGUAAGUGCUAAAGAUGGUGAGGAGAGGAGAAGGAGGAGGAAAGGCUUUGUGAGUGCAGAGGGAGUUGUGGCAGGUGAAGAAGGUGCAGUGGUGGCAUCUGAGCAAGGAGAGCAAGCAGGCAGGAGGGAGCAGGUAACACUACCAGCCCCAAGGCAAUCUGCUGCUGUGGGUCAAGAGAAGGCUCCCACAAAGCCUGGAGAACCCCUCAAGGUUGGCAGCCCUCUGAAGCCCACAGGAGAUGAGCUCGCAGGUGAAGGAACUGUCAAGCACACUGAAGCAGAAAGCCCCAGGCUGGGUGGAGAAGGUCCAGCAGCUCAGGAGAAGCCAAGUGGAGCUGAGCUAAAAUCUAGCCAGAAACAGAAAGGCAAGAAGAAGAGAGCAAAGCAGGUCAGUGUGGCAGGAGACAGCACUCAGCCAGAGAAACCUCCUGUGGAAAAGGAGUCCCUUCCUAGCCUGGUUCCCAAAGAAACCCCAGGGCAAGAGAAGGAGGAGGAGAACUUCGUCUUGAGCACCCCAGAAGCAAAACAUGAAAGCAGCACCAAAAUUACUGCUGGGGUGGCCCAAGGCUCAACCCAGGUCAAAGGGAGCAGCAGGGCUGAAAAAGCAAAGAGAAGAACUGAGAACCUGGCUGGGGGUCAGCUUGUCCCAGGAGAAGGAGAAGCUCAAGAAGUGCUGAAAGGUGAGGUCAGAAAUGGUCCUGAUUCCUUGGUGGCAUUGAGCCUGGAGGAGAGGAGGACCCAGGAAGACACCAAAGUGGAAGCCAGCAGAGAUGUGUCCACCUCAGCCCCCGCGGCAGGCAAGCUGCCUGAUGAAUUAAUCAUCAGAGAGGAACCCAACGAAGGUCAGGAAAGCUCUGCAGUCCUCCAGCUUGGAGAAGAGACACAGCAAGAGACCAGCACAGCACAAGGGGAUGCCCCUACUGCUCCAAAACCCCAAGCAGAAACAGCCCAGGAGAGGAGCAGGCAGCCAGCACCUGGCGAUCGAGGCUUGCUCCUGCCUGCGAUAGUGGAGGGAGAGCUGCUGGAGACCUCCAGGGAAUCCACCAGACCAGCCCAGAUUGUGUUCAGCAAGAAGAUGUGCCUGGAGCACGAUGAGAAGCUUAUCUCCUACCUCUCCAUGCUGCGAGACAUCGAGAUGAGGAUCAAACGGGUGCAGGCUGUGGAGCAGGACUCGGCAGCUCUGCAGGACCUGCUGCGCCAGGCAGAGGCCCUGGGAGCCGAGCUGCAGGAGCUGAGCUUCCCAGUGAAUCAAGAGUUGGAUGCUGUGAAGUGGAUUGUGGCCAACCCCCCCGAAGAGGUCCCUGAGCAAUUACUGAAGGCUUUGGAGAAGGAUGCCAAGAACCUUCAGAAGUCUCUGAGCUCUGCAAGUGAUAUCCUGGAAUCCAGGCUGCAAAACCUUCGUGGGGCAGCAGAAACUGAAAAGGCUAAAGUCUUGGCACAGCACGGAGCCCUCCAGGGUAAGCUGCAGGAGCUGCUGAGCUGGGUCUCUGGCACUGCCGAGUCGCUGGAUGCUGCCGAUCGCCACCCCGCGCCCGACGCCAGCGCCCUGAGCCUCUGCCUGCAACGCUACAAGGAGCUGAAAGAGCCUUUGGCCCACACCAAGUCUCAGCUCGACGCCGCUGCCUUCGACAUCCAAUUCCUCAUCUCGGAGCAUGCCCAGGACUUAACCCCUCAGCAGAGCAGGCAGCUGCUGAGGUUGCUCAAUGAGCUGCAGAAGGCUUUCAGGGACCUGUCAGAGCGAGUGACAGCUCGGGUGGAGGUCCUGCAGGUCUGUCUCCAGCAAGUGGAGCAGACAGAUCAGGUGAAGACGCUGCAGGAGCAGCAGGCAGCCCGGGCACAGAGCCUGGCCGAGCUGAGCCGCUGGCUCUGCCAGGCAGAGGACAUGUUGGCAGAGCAGCAGAGAGCAGCCAGCCAAGGGGAUCUGUCCACUCUGCAGCAGAGGCAAAGUGAUGUUAAGGAGCUGCAGAGGAACAUGCACGCCCGAGCCGCCUCCUUCGCCAGCCUCCUCAAGAGCACAGAGGAGUUUUUGGAGGAGAACAAGGCAAAGAUGGAGCCUGGCGAGCUGGCAGCACUGCAGGAGAAGCUUCAGCGUGCCAAGGAGCAGUACCAGUCCUUGCAGGAGAGGACAGAGGUGGCCCAGAAGGAGCUGGAGAAUGCUGUGAGUGCUGCAGUGCAGCAGGAGACCGAAAAGGUGAGAGCUGCCAAGGAGCUGGAGGAGAACAGCAACAAAAUUGAUUCCCUUUUGAGCUGGGUGGCAUCACUGGAGCAGAAGGGAGAGCUCCCAGAGUACAGACCACAUCCCAUCGAGCGAGCCCCGGGGACAGGCACUCAGGAUGUCCCUGACAGCCACACUGUGGGAGCAGACAGCGCUGCAGAGAGCCUGGAUGAGGAGUAUGAGAGGCUGAAGGUCCAGCACCAGGAGCUGCUGUCGCAGCAGCAGGACAUCAUCCUGGCCACGCAGUCAGCACAGGCUUUGCUGGACAAGCAGGGCCAGAGCCUGGCCGGGGAGCAGCGGCAGCGGCUGCAGGGCAGCCUGGCAGAGCUGAAGGAGCAGUACGGAGCUGCCCUGCGGCGCUCGGAAGCGAGGCUGAAGCAGGUGCAGCUCCUGCGGGACGAGCUGCACAAGUUCCUGCAGGACCAUGGCGAGUUCCAGGCCUGGCUGGAGCAAGCGGAGCAGGAGCUGGAGGGGAUGCAGCAGGGGGACAGCGACCCCGCGGCGCUCCGGCAGCUGCUGCUGCGGCAGGGCAGCUUCUCCGAGGAUGUCAUCUCCCACAAGGGAGACCUGCGCUUCGUCACCAUGUCGGGGCAGAAGGUGCUGGACGUGGAGGGGGCUGCAGGGGAGGCAGGAUCCCAGCCCCUGGCAUCUGGGAGCGUGGUCAGGAGCAAGCUGGAGGAUGCCACGCAGAGAUACACCAAGCUGCACUCCAAGUGCACCAAGCUUGGCUCCCACCUGAACACCCUGCUGGAUCACUACCAGCAGUUCCAGGAGGUGGCAGAGUCUCUCAGGACCUGGCUGCAGGGAAGCGAAGCUGCCGUUGGGAAGCUGCUCUCCGAGGCAGUGUCUUCAGAUCCAGCUGUUCUGCAGCAGCAGCUGGCCAGUGCUAAGCAGCUGCAUGGAGACCUGGCGGAGCAUCAGGUGCCAGUGGAGAAGCUCCAGAAGGCAGCUCGGGCCCUGCUGGAGAUCCAGGGGGAGCCAGCUCCAGACCGUGGGCACAUCCAGGAGACAACAGAUGCCAUCGUGAGUCGCUUCCAGAGCCUCUCCCAGCGGAUGGCUGAACACUCAGACCUGCUGCAGAAAUCCAUUGCCCAGUCCCAGAGUGUCCAGGAGAGCCUGGAGAGCCUCCUCCAGUCAGUGGCUGAGAUUGAGAAGAGCCUGCAGCAAGAGCAGCCAGCAGUGCUCUCCUCCAGCUCCAUCCAGGACUCCCUUGCCACCAGUGCGAAGCUGAAGCAGGACAUUGCCAGGCAGAAGAGCUGCCUGGAAGCCACCCGGGAGAUGGUGAAGCGCUUCAUGGAGGCAGCCGACAGCCCCACGGCCUCUGCCCUGCAGGGCAAGCUGGCAGAGGUGACAGAGCGCUUUGGCAGGCUGUGCCAGCAGCAGCAGGACAGGGAGGACACGCUGAAGGGUCUCCUCCCCAAGGUGGAGCACUACGAGCAGCUCUGGGAGCAGCUGCAGCAGUUCACCGAGAGCAGGGCGCGGCUGCUGGCUGCCGGCAACCAGCCCGACAGGGACAUCGCUGCCUUCUCCCAGCACAUCCAGGAGCUGAAUUCAGAGCUGAAGCAACACCAGGAGGACCUGACCACCUUGGAACACCUGGCUGCAGAUCUGGGCUCCUGUGGCUUUGCUCCCAGCACUUCCCAGCAUCAGGAGAAGCUGCAGAGCCUGAAGAAAGACUUCCUGCAGCUGCAGAAGGUGGCAAAAGAAAGAGAAAAGGAUGCAGCCUCCUGCCAGCAGCAACUGGACGAGUUUCGGAAGCUGGUCGGGGCCCUGAGGAAGUGGCUGAGGGAGGCUGAAGGCAAAAUGCCAACUGCUGAGAGCUCCCUGGGCACCCAAGAGCUGCACCAGCGCAGGCAGCAGACCCAGGAUCUCCUGGUGGAGUGGGAGGGGAAGGGAGCCCAGGUGGAGGAGGUUGGCCGCAGAGGGACCCUCCUGGAGAACCUGAUUGUGGAGAUCACAGCCCCUGACAGCUCGUCCAAGACAGGUGCCACUCUGCCCGCUCCAGGAGGGUCAGCAGGCAGCGUGAACGGAUACCACACGUGCAAAGAUCUGACCGAGAUCCAGUGCGAUGUGUCGGACGUGAGCCGGCAGUACCAGAGCCUCGGCGAGGCGCUGAGGGAGCGCCAGCAGCAGCUCUCAGCCAUGCUGGAGAAGAUGCAAGAAGUGCAGGAGGAGGCCAGCUCCAUGCUGAAGUGGCUGGAGUCGAAGGAACGGACACUGUCGGAGCUGGAUGCUUCCUCCUCACCCACCAAGACAGAGACGAUGAGAGCCCAGGCUGAGCACAACAAGGCAUUUUUGGCUGAGUUGGAACAGAAGUCAGAGAAGAUCCAGAAGGUAAAGGAAGCACUUUCUGGCUUGCUGGAGAAAUACCCAGAUUCUCCAGAAGCAGCCAACUGGAAGAAGAUGCAGGAAGACCUGAACUGCAGGUGGGAAAGAGCCAGCCAGGCGACGGCGGAGCGGCAGCAGAAGCUGGAGGAGUCGGCGAACCAGCUGGCCAGCUUCCAGGCUGCCGAGGGCCAGCUGCGGCCCUGGCUCAUGGAGAAGGAGCUGAUGAUGAGCGUGCUGGGACCCCUCUCCAUCGACCCAAACAUGCUGAACGCACAGAAGCAGCAGGUCCAGUUUAUGCUGAAGGAAUUUGAAGCUCGUAGACAGCAGCAUGAGCAGCUCAACCAGGCAGCUCAGAGCAUCCUGACCGGCCCUGGAGAUGUUUCUCCGUCCACUAACCAGGUGCGGGAAGAGCUCCAAGGGGUUAACCAGAAGUGGUCUGAGCUCACAGAACGCCUCAACUCCCGCUCCAGCCAGAUUGACCAAGCCAUAGUCAAGAGCACUCAGUACCAGGAGCUGCUGCAGGGCCUCUCGGAGAAGGUGAAGGCAGUUGGGCAGCGCCUGAGCAGCCAAUCUGCCGUCAGCACCCAGCCCGAGGCUGUCAAACAGCAGCUGGAGGAGACCAGCGAGAUCCGCUCGGACCUGGAGCAGCUGGAGGAGGAGAUCGCAGAGGCUCAGACCCUCUGUGACGACCUCUCUGUCCUGAUUGGGGAGCAGUACCUCAAAGAUGAGCUAAGGAAGCGUCUGGAGACUGUGGCCCUUCCUCUCAAAGGGCUGGAAGACCUGGCAGCCGACCGCAUGAACCGGCUGCAGACGGCGCUUGCAAGCUCCCAGCAGUUCCAGCAUAUGUUUGAUGAGCUCAGGACCUGGCUGGAUGAGAAACUCUGCCAGCAAGCCCAAAGCCAACCCAUUUCUGCGAAGCUGGAGAGGCUGCAAAGCCAGAUCCAGGAGCAAGAAGAGUUCCAGAAGAGCCUCAACCAACACAGUGGAUCCUACGAGAUGAUCGUUGCCGAGGGAGAGUCUCUGCUGCUUUCCGUGCAGCCCGGGGAGGAGAGGAGCACCCUGCAGAGCCAGCUGGGCAGCCUCAGAACACACUGGGAGGCGCUCAGCAAGCAGGCUGCCGACAGGCACUCGAAGCUCAAGGACUGCCUGCAGAAGGCUCAGAAGUACCAACGGCACGCAGAGGACCUCCUGCCUUGGGUGGAGGACUGCAAGGCAAAGGUGGCAGAGCUGGAAGUGAGCCUGGAUCCGGUGCAGCUGGAGGCGACCCUGCUGAGAUCCAAGGCCAUGCUGAGCGACGUGGAGAAGCGCCGCUCCCUGCUGGAGAUGCUGAACGGUGCUGCCGACGUCCUGAUCGACGCCUGCCAGAGCGACGAGGAGGACAUCCGGGACGAGAAGGCUGCCAUCAACCAGCAGAUGGAUGCCAUCACGGAGGAGCUGCAAGCCAAGACUGGCUCCAUCGAGGAAAUGUCCCAGAGGCUCAGGGAGUUUCAGGAGAGCUUCAAGAACAUCGAGAAGAAGCUGGAAGGGGCAAAGCACCAGCUGGAGAUCUACGACGCGCUGGGGCCGCAAGCCUGCAGCAACAAGAACUUGGAGAAGCUGAGGGCGCAGCAAGAGGUGCUGCAGGCCCUGGAGCCACAAGUGGAUUAUCUGAAGAACUUCACCCGAGGUCUAGUGGAGGAUGCUCCAGCUGGGUCUGACUGUUCCCAGCUCUUGAGCCAAGCUGAGGUGGCUCAGCAGGACUUCAAAGCCGUGAAGCAGAAGGUGAACGACUGCUGCACGCUGAUGGAAAACAAGCUUGAAGGCAUCGGGCAGUUCAGCAGCCGGGUCAGGGAGAUGUUCUCUCAGCUGGCAGACCUGGAUGAUGAGCUGGACAGCAUGGGCCCCAUUGGGAGGGACUCUGACAGCCUGCAGUCCCAGGCAGAGGACGUCCGCACCUUCCUGGGCAAGCUCCACAGCCUCAAGUCUGACAUCGAAGCUUCCGAAAGCGACUGUAAGAAGAUGCUGGAGGAGGAAGGGAGCCCUGAUUUGUUAGGACUGAAACGUGAGUUGGAGACACUGAGCAAGCAGUGCAGCAAGCUGAAGGAGAGAGGCAGGAACCGCCAGGAGCAGGUGGAGACCACCCUGUCUCGCGUGGAGGACUUCUACAGCAGGCUGAAGGAGCUGACCCAGAUGACGACGGCAGCGGAGGAGCAUGAAGCCUUGCAGUGGGUGGUGGGAACAGAGGUGGAAACCAUCAACCAGCAGCUGGCAGACUUCAAGCUGUUCCAGAAGGAGCAAGUGGAUCCUCUCCAGCUAAAACUACAGCAAGUCAAUGGAGUUGGUCAAGGACUCAUCCAAAGUGCCGGGAAAAACUGUGAUGUGCAAGGGCUGGAGCAUGACAUGGAAGAGAUCAACACCCGCUGGAACACCCUCAACAAGAAGGUGGCCCAAAGAGUUGCCCAGCUGCAGGAGGCCCUCUUGCACUGCGGGAAGUUCCAGGACGCCCUGGAGCCGUUGCUGAGCUGGCUGGCAGACACCGAGGAGCUCAUCUCCAACCAGAAACCUCCCUCUGCAGAGUACAAGGUGGUGAAAGCCCAGAUCCAGGAGCAGAAGCUGCUCCAACGCCUGCUGGACGAUCGCAAAGCCACGGUGGAGAUGAUCCAGGCGGAGGGCGGCAGGAUCGCGCAGUCGGCCGAGCCCGGGGACCGGGAGAAGAUCGUUGGCCAACUGGAGAGCCUGGAACGUCGCUGGGCAGGGCUGCUGGGCAGUGCAGCCAGCAGGCAGAAGCAGCUGGAGGACAUCUUGGUCCUGGCAAAGCAGUUCCAUGAAACCACGGAGCCAGUGUCGGACUGGCUGUCGGUGACUGAGAAGAAGUUGGCCAACUCGGAGCCCAUCGGUACCCAGACUGCCAAAAUCCAGCAGCAGAUCAGUCGGCACAAGGCUCUAGAGGAAGAGAUAGCAAGCCACGCUGCCGAGGUGUCGCGGGCGGUCGGUGUCGGGCAGUCCCUCUCCUCCCUGAGCUGUGCCGCCGAGCAGAGGCUGCUGGCAGAGAGAUUAGAGACUCUGCAGAGCCGCUACGGCGAGGUGCAGGAGCGGUGCUGCCGGAAGGCAGCGCUGCUGGAUCAGGCACUCUCCAACGCCAGGCUCUUUGGGGAGGAGGAGGUGGAAGUGCUCAACUGGCUGGCUGAGGUUGAGGACAAGCUGGGCUCGGUAUCCGUAAAGGAUUACAAACGGGACGUCCUGCAGAAGCAGCAUGCCGACCAGCUGGCUCUGAACGAGGAAAUUGUGAACAGGAAGAAGAACGUGGACCAAGCCAUCAGGAAUGGGCAAGCCCUUCUGAAGCAGACCACAGGGGAGGAGGUGCUGCUGAUCCAGGAGAAGCUGGAUGGGAUCAAGACUCGCUACUCGGACAUCACCGCCGCCAGCUCCAAGGCGCUGCGCACGCUGGAGCAGGCUCGCCAGUUGGCCACCAAGUUCCAGUCCACACACGAGGAGCUCACCAGCUGGAUGGGCACAGUGGAGGACGAGCUGGCUUCCAGCGGGGGCCAGUCCCCAGCUGGUGAGCAGAUACCUCAGUUCCAGCAGAGACAAAAGGAGCUGAAGAAGGAGGUGAUGGAGCACAGGCUCGUCCUGGACACGGUGAACGAGGUGAGCAGAGCUCUCCUGGAGCUGGUUCCCUGGCGAGCCCGCGAGGGGCUGGACAAGCUGGUGACAGACACCAACGAGCGCUACAAGCUGGUCAGUGACACCAUCAAGCAGAGGGUGGAGGAGAUCGAUGCUGCCAUUCAGAGGUCUCAGCAGUACGAGCAGGCAGCCGACGCCGAGCUGGCCUGGGUGGCUGAGACCAAGCGGAAGCUGUUGGCUCUGGGUCCCAUCCGCCUGGAGCAGGACCAGACAACUGCCCAGCUGCAGGUGCAGAAGGCUUUUUCCAUCGACAUCAUUCGGCACAAAGACUCCAUGGAUGAACUCUUCAGCCAGCGCAAUGAGAUCUUCGGCACCUGCGGGGAGGAGCAGAAAGCUCUGCUCCAGGAGAAAACCGAGUCCCUGGUGCAGCAGUACGAGGCUGUGAGCCAGCUCAACUCGGAGCGCUAUGCUCGCCUGGAGCGUGCCCAGGUCCUGGUCAACCAGUUCUGGGAGACCUAUGAAGAGCUGAACCCAUGGAUUGAGGAGACUCAGGCCCUCAUCUCCCAGCUCCCCCCUCCAGCCAUUGACCAUGAGCAGCUCAAGCAGCAGCAGGAGGACAUGAGGCAACUGAGGGAGUCCAUUGCUGAACAUAAGCCUCAUAUUGACAAGCUGCUGAAGAUUGGCCCACAGCUGAAGGACCUCAACCCUGAGGAAGGGGAGAUGGUGCAGGAUAAAUACUCAACAGCCGAGGCCAUGUAUGCCAGGAUCAAGGAGGAGGUUUGCCAGCGGGCGCUGGCGCUCGACGAAGCUGUCUCGCAGUCCACUCAGAUUACGGAGUUCCACGACAAGAUCGAGCCCAUGCUGGAGACCCUGGAGAGCCUCUCCUCCCGCCUGCGCAUGCCCCCCCUCAUCCCCGCCGAGGUGGACAAGAUCCGGGAGUGCAUCAGCGAGAACAAGAACGCCGGCGUGGAGCUGGAGAAGCUGCAGCCCUCCUUCGAGGCUCUGAAGCGCCGCGGGGAGGAGCUGAUCGGCCGCUCCCAGGGGGCAGACAAGGACCUGGCAGCCAAAGUAAUCCAGGAUAAGUUGGAUCAGAUGGUUUUCUUCUGGGAAGACAUCAAAGCUCGGGCAGAAGAACGUGAGAUGAAGUUCCUCGAUGUCCUGGAGCUUGCAGAGAAGUUCUGGUAUGACAUGGCAGCCCUCCUGACAACCAUCAAAGACACACAGGACAUUGUCCACGACCUGGAGAGCCCAGGCAUUGACCCCUCCAUCAUCAAGCAGCAGGUGGAAGCAGCAGAGACCAUCAAGGAGGAGACAGAUGGACUGCACGAGGAGCUGGAGUUCAUCAGGCUCCUUGGAACUGAUUUGAUUUUUGCCUGUGGUGAAACUGAGAAACCAGAAGUGAAGAAGAGCAUCGAUGAGAUGAACAACGCCUGGGAAAACCUAAACAAAACGUGGAAGGAGAGGCUGGAAAAGCUGGAGGAAGCCAUGCAGUCAGCUGUGCAGUACCAAGACACUCUCCAAGCCAUGUUUGACUGGCUGGACAACGCCGUGAUCAAGCUCUGCAACAUGUCCCCUGUUGGCACAGACCUCAACACGGUUAAGGAGCAGAUGAAUGAGAUGAAGGAGUUUAAAAUGGAGGUUUACCAGCAGCAGAUUGAGAUGGAAAAGCUUAAUCACCAAGGUGAACUGAUGCUAAAAAAAGCUACAGAUGAGACAGACAGAGACAUCAUAAAGGAGCCACUGACAGAGCUGAAGCAUCUCUGGGAGAACCUGGGCGAGAAAAUCGCUCACAGACAGCAUAAGUUGGAAGCUGCUCUCCUGGCACUGGGCCAGUUCCAGCAUGCCCUGGCAGAGCUGAUGGCUUGGCUGACCCACACCGAGGAGCUGCUGGACGCGCAGAAACCCAUCAAUGGAGACCCGAAAGUCAUCGAGGUGGAGCUUGCAAAGCACCAUGUGCUGAAGAACGAUGUCCUGGCCCACCAAGCCACUGUGGAGACAGUGAACAAAGCAGGCAACGAGCUGCUGGAGUCCAGUGCAGGGGAUGAUGCCAGCAGCCUCAGGAACCGCCUGGAGAACCUCAACUCCUGCUGGGAAUCAGUGCUGCAGAAGACGGAGGAGAGGGAGCAGCAGCUCCAGUCCACGCUCCAGCAGGCCCAAGGUUUCCAUGGGGAGAUUGAAGACUUCCUCCUGUGGCUAACGAGGAUGGAGAGCCAAUUGUCAGCAUCAAAACCCACAGGAGGCCUGCCAGAGACUGCCCGGGAACAACUCAAUGCCCACAUGGAGCUGUAUGGCCAGUUCAAAGCCAAGGAGGACACCUACAGCCAGCUGCUGGCCAAGGGGCGACUGAUGCUGCUGAACCGGGACGACUCCGGCUCCGGCUCCAAGACGGAGCAGAGCGUGGCCCUGCUGGAGCAGAAGUGGUGCCUGGUCAGCACCAAGAUGGAGGAGAGAAAGGCAAAGCUGGAGGAAGCCCUGGCCCUGGCCACAGACUUCCAGAAUUCCCUGCAGGACUUCAUCAAUUGGCUGACCCUGGCUGAGCAGAGCCUGAACAUCGCCCCCCCAGCCAGCCUCAUCCUCAGCGCUGUGCUGGCCCAGAUCGAUGAGCACAAGGUGUUUGCCAACGAGGUGAACGCUCACCGGGACCGCAUCAUCGAGCUGGACCAAAGUGGCAACCAGCUGAAGUUCCUCAGUCAGAAGCAGGACGUGGUGCUGAUCAAGAACCUGCUGGUCAGCGUCCAGUCCCGCUGGGAGAAGGUUGUCCAGCGCUCGGUGGAGCGGGGCAGGGCUCUGGAUGACGCCAGGAAGCGAGCCAAGCAGUUCCAUGAAGCUUGGAAGAAGCUGAUUGAUUGGUUGGAGGAUGCAGAGAAUCACCUGGACUCAGAGCUGGAGAUUUCCAAUGAUCCUGACAAAAUCAAGCUCCAGCUCUCCAAACACAAGGAGUUCCAGAAGACACUGGGAGGGAAGCAGCCUGUCUAUGACACCACCAUCAGGACAGGCAGGGCCCUGAAGGAAAAAGCCUUGCUUCCAGAUGACACUCAGAAGCUGGACAACCUGCUGGGGGAGGUCCGGGACAAGUGGGACACAGUGUGUGGGAAAUCCGUGGAGAGGCAGCACAAGCUGGAAGAAGCUCUCCUGUUCUCUGGGCAGUUCAUGGAUGCACUGCAGGCUUUGGUGGACUGGCUCUACAAGGUGGAACCUCAGUUGGCUGAAGACCAACCUGUCCAUGGAGACCUGGACCUGGUCAUGAACCUGAUGGAUGCUCACAAGGUCUUCCAGAAGGAGCUGGGGAAGCGCACGGGCACGGUGCAGGUGCUGAAGCGCUCCGGCCGGGAGCUGAUCGAGAACAGCCGAGAUGACACCACUUGGGUGAAGGUGCAGCUGCAGGAGCUGAGCAACCGCUGGGACACGGUCUGCAAGCUCUCAGUGUCCAAGCAGACCCGCCUGGAGCAGGCCUUGAAGCAGGCAGAGGAGUUCAGGACAGCUGUGCACAUGCUGCUGGAGUGGCUCUCGGAGGCGGAGCAGUCGCUGCGCUUUCGGGGAGCGCUUCCCGACGACGCCGAGGCCCUGCAGUCCCUCAUCGAUGCCCACAAGGAGUUCAUGAAGAAGGUGGAGGAGAAGAGAGUGGACGUGAACGCGGCAGUGGGCAUGGGGGAGGUCAUCCUGGCUGCCUGCCACCCUGACUGCAUCACCACCAUCAAGCACUGGAUCACCAUCAUCCGAGCCAGGUUUGAGGAGGUUCUCACGUGGGCAAAGCAGCACCAGCAGAGACUGGAAUCUGCACUGUCUGAACUGGUGGCAAAUGCAGAGCUCCUGGAAGAGCUCCUGGCUUGGAUCCAGUGGGCUGAGACAACCCUGAUCCAGAGAGAUCAGGAGCCCAUGCCUCAAAAUAUUGAUCAGGUCAAAGCCCUCAUCUCUGAGCACCAGUCCUUUAUGGAGGAGAUGACAAGGAAACAGCCAGACGUGGACAGGGUCACCAAGACCUACAAGAGGAAAGCUUCUGAGCCCCCCCAUGGGCCCUUCAGCGACAAGUCCCGCAGCAACAGAAAAUCCUUGAGUCAGGCUGCCCCCCCCAGCAUGCCAAUUAUCUCCCAGUCAGAAACAAAGAACCCCAGGAUCAAUCAGCUCUCAGCUCGCUGGCAGCAGGUCUGGCUGCUGGCUCUGGAGCGACAGCGGAAGCUCAAUGAUGCCCUGGACAGGCUGGAGGAGCAGCUAUGCCCAGAACUGAAGGAGUUUGCCAACUUUGACUUCGACGUGUGGCGGAAGAAGUACAUGCGCUGGAUGAACCACAAGAAGUCUCGCGUCAUGGACUUCUUCCGCCGCAUCGACAAGGACCAGGACGGGAAGAUCACCCGGCAGGAGUUCAUCGAUGGCAUCCUGGCCUCCAAGUUCCCUACCACCAAGCUGGAGAUGACAGCAGUGGCUGACAUCUUCGACCGCGACGGCGAUGGCUACAUCGACUACUACGAGUUCGUGGCUGCUCUCCACCCCAACAAGGAUGCCUACCGCCCCACCACCGAUGCUGACAAGAUCGAGGAUGAGGUCACCAGGCAAGUGGCCCAGUGCAAGUGUGCCAAGAGGUUUCAAGUGGAGCAGAUCGGCGAGAACAAGUACAGGUUCUUCCUCGGCAAUCAGUUUGGGGAUUCCCAGCAGCUGCGGCUGGUCCGGAUCCUGCGGAGCACAGUCAUGGUUCGUGUCGGCGGAGGCUGGAUGGCCCUGGACGAGUUCCUGGUGAAGAAUGAUCCCUGCAGAGCACGAGGACGAACCAACCUUGAGCUCCGAGAGAAAUUCAUCUUGCCAGAGGGAGCCUCCCAGGGGAUGACUCCGUUCCGGUCGCGAGGCCGAAGGUCCAAACCCUCCUCCCGAGCAGCCUCCCCAACACGCUCCAGCUCCAGUGCCAGCCAGAGCAACCACAGCUGUGCCUCCAUGCCCUCCUCUCCUGCCACUCCUGCCAGCGGAGCCAAGACUCCACAUCACUUCUCUCGAUGCUAUGACAAACCCUGGUUGAUAAACAGUAAAGCCAACACCCCCCUGAGGGGAUUCGAUUAUUCCGACCUGCAGCUCUCUGGUGCAGAGGUCACCCCCUCGGCAGGCAGCAAGCUGAAGCGACCAACCUUCCACUCCAGCCGGACCUCCCUGGCUGGGGACACCAGUAACAGCUCCUCACCAGUCUCCACAGGUGCCAAACCCACUCGGGCAGACCCCAAGAAGUCAGCCAGCCGUCCCACCAGCCGCGCCGGCAGCCGAACCGGCAGCCGAGCCAGCAGCCGGCGGGGGAGCGACGCCUCCGAUUUCGACCUGCUGGAGACGCAGUCGGCUUGCUCCGACACCUCGGAGAGCAGCGCGGCCGGCGGGCAGGGAGGCUCCCGCCGCGGGGGAGCGGCGGCCAAACCUUCCAAAAUCCCAACCAUGUCCAAGAAAACCACCACUGCCACCACCCCAAAACCUCCGGGCCCUAAAAGAUAAUACUGUACCCACACCCUGGAAGCAAGAAAAGCAUCUUCCCACCCACCCCCCCACCUCCUUUCUCCAUUCCUCUCCCCCCCAGCCUCGACCUGUGUCCAGUUUUUACCCCUGCUCCUUCCAUUGGAUGUAUAUUUAUUCUAAACAGGAGAAACUAUAUUGUUAAAAGUGUAAAAGAAAA